AUGACCCAGAGAUACACAUUGGUAGGCUUUACGGAAGAUCUGGACUGGAAGCCUCUUCAAUUCGUUACACCUCUUCCAGAGAACAGACUGUGCAGUGUCUGCGGAUUGGUGCGCAAGACAACCGCUCUUCUACCAUGUGGCCACGUACUGUGUCAUUCCUGCUUCCAAAAGUGCUGGGCUACCGAGGAACACGCCUGUCCGAUUGACGGCAAGUGUUGUGCGGAAGAAGACGUCGAGUGGAGGGACUUCCCGGCUGAAAAUCUCCUGAAAAGAGAGGUAAAAUGCUGGAACGAAAUACAUGGUUGCACACUUCAAAUGGCCGCCGCAGAAGUCCACAAGCAUUUCCUCCGAGAAUGUGAAUACCACUGCACACCCUGUCCAAGGUGCUUGAGAAUGGUUUUAAUCCGUAAUAUGAGCGAACACCUGAGAGCUUCAUGCCAAGCUGUUACAACACCUGUGCCAAUUCAGGAAAUGAUAGGCGACACUGUGCAGACGGACAUGUUGGAAGGUGUGAGGAGACUAUUGCAAGAGGCAGGUGAAAUGAAGGCCCUUCUACAGCGGGCACUUGGAGAAAAUGGCGCGAUUAAUGACAGCCUCAUGGAGGUUUGCCAAAGUGUGAACUCUCUUAAAGAAUCAGUGAAACAAGAAAUUGCACCACUCGCAUCACUAAGUGAAGUGACCCAUUGCGUGUUGGAUGGCAUCAGCACGCUACAUGGCUCGCUUAACAGUGAAAUGGCUGACCUAAAAAUGCAAGCCGAAGAGCUUCCUCGAGUUCGGGCUGCAAUCGAAAGCACGAAGACGAUUCUGGAGAUUCAGAAGAAAGCACUAGCAUACGCUGAAAAAAAUGAAACCCGUUGCGACUUUUUGGUUCCAGGAAUACAGUCGCUUGAAGCCAGUGCUUUGCAAGACGGCAAUAGUGUUUAUGCCCAAGGGCAGGUAUAUCUUCGUGGUUACAAUAUGUCGCCUGGUGUUAAACUAACAAGAAACGAAGAAAGUGUGUCCGUGGAUUUGAGGCUUCAGCUGCACAGAGGGGACCACGAUGAUUUGAUUCAGUGGCCUUUCGAGCAGAAAAUCAGGUUUACUAUUGUGCACCCUCUGAAAAACGAAGAAAAAUUUAUUAUUCUAAAGACAUGCCGUCAUCUUGAAUUCUACAAGAAGCCAACUUCUCUGAGUAACCAAGGUGUUUUUUUUCCUUAUUGUUUUAAGUUAGGAGAUCUGAAAAGUGGCGGCUACGUAUGCGACGACAAGCUGCGUGUUAUCGUCGAGCUUCUGUAAUCAUCGCAGCAUUUGGCGUCUCUUGAAUGUAAAACG